AUGAGUGAGCCGGCGAAGUCGAAGUCAGAUCUACGUCAGCGGGCGGUGGACAAGGUACAGGACACUGGCACUGGCACUGGCACUGACAUGGACACCGACAAGCGUGGAUUCCCGCCAGCGAAGUGGACGAGAGCGCAGCCGGGGGUCAAUCAUGGCUUCCCGCAGGCCGUGGCCCACCGAGGCUACAAGGCCAGCUUCCCCGAGAACACCAUGGGUGCCUUCCGCGGCGCUGUCGAGGUCGGCGCCCACGCCAUCGAGACGGACGUCCACCUGUCCAGGGAUGGGGUGGUGGUCAUAGCCCACGACAAGGAUCUCAAGCGCUGCUAUGGCGUGGACAGGGCGGUCCGCGACUGCGACUGGGAGUACCUGAGCACGCUCGAGACGCUGAAGCAGCCGCGGCAGCACAUGUGCAGGCUGAUUGACGUGCUCGAGUUCCUGGCCGAGCCCGGUAACGAGUCGGUAUGGAUGCUGCUGGACAUCAAGAUUGAUGACCCGCCUCGGGAGAUGAUCCCUAGGAUCGCAGCGACCAUUGCCGAGGCGCCGCGGCGGGGGGAUUGGGAGCAGAGGAUUAUCCUUGGCUGCUGGAGGGCGGAACAGCUUCGGCUCUGCCACGAGCUCCUCCCGGACUUCGCCAUCACUCACAUCACCGUCUCCCUUGUUUUAGCAAGAGAGUACCUGAAGAUCCCCAACAUUGCAAUCAACAUGCGACAAGAGUCCCUCUUCGGCCUGGGCGGGCGGGCGUUCAGGGAGCGAUGUCAGGCCGAAGGGCGGCCGCUAUACGCCUGGACUAUCAACAAGAAGUCAUGGAUGGAAUGGUGCAUAGGCGCAAAGGUCGACUGCGUCAUCACAGAUGAUCCCAAGCUGUACUUGGAGGUGUGCGAGCGUCGCCACAAGGAUGAGAGUCAACAGUCCAGGUCCCAGAAAGCAAGGCGGGCCGUCAAGGCCGCGCUUGUUAAACCCCGCGACCUGUUCCUCAAGGUGUUCUACCCUCUCAUGAUCAAGGGCCUCAUGCGCAUUUUCCGGGCUUACGAUCGCCUUGGAUACCCUGACCAAGUGCGGGAAGAAUUGCGGCAUCUGACUUGA